UUCACCUCCUCACUCGCCUUCUGUUCUCCAGCCUACGAUGGCAGCCACCCUCGAGCAUCUCACGCAAUGCCUCACGCAGACCCUCUCCACGGAUACCACAACACGCAUCAAGGCCGAGCUCACCCUUGGCGACAUGCUCGCUGCCCCAGAGGCGGGCGUGGUGCUUGCGCAGCUGGUGGCAAGUCAGGGUGCCGAUGUAGGGCUUAGACAGUCGGCCUCGGUAGUGUUGCGCAAGUUUGUGAACGAACGAUGGUCCCCUGGCCUGCCGAAAUGGAGAGGCCUGACCGCCGUUCCCGUCGAGCUCAAAGCACAAAUCCGCCAAGCAGUCUUCCAAACCCUCUCCGAUCCCCAAAGCAAAAUCCGCUCGCUCAGCGCGCAAAUCGUCACCACGAUUGCGAACACCGACUGGCCUGAUGAGUGGCCAGACCUCCUCGACGCGCUGAUCGCGCUUCUGUCCUCGAACUCGCCGCAGUCCGUGCACGGCGCGAUGCAGGUGAUGGCUGAGUUCAUCAAGGCUGACCUGACGGAGGACCAGAUCCUGCCCGUGCUCAGACAGCUUCUGCCAAUUCUCCUGAAUAUCCUCGGAGCACCUGAGCAACAUAGCGUGCUUACGCGUGCACGCGCUGUCGGGGUUUUCAGGACGUGUGUGGAGACGCUGUUCAUGGUCAAGCAGGAGCACCCGCAAGCGGUCAAGGAGGCGGCGCAGUCGAUCCUUCCCGCGUGGCUCGAUGCGUUCAAGUUUCUACUCAACAUUGACCCGAGGCAGGACGUCGAGGGCACCCCGAACUGGGAUGGCGUCGCUCUGCGCAUUCAGAUCUUCAAGGCCCUCGACAUGAUCCAAGUACCCUUCCACCGCCUCCUCAUCCCCGCCCUCCCCGACUUUCUCUCCGCAGCCCUCACGCAUCUCACGACUCUAUACCCUGCGUACCUGCACCACUACGUCCUCGCCCAGGCGACCGUCCCUCCGCCUUCGGAGACGACUGACAGCGAAAGCACGGCACUGCCGCAGCUGUUCUGCGCUGUCUGUGACUUUAUCGCGGGUGCAGCGCGGCAUGCGCGCGGGCGGGAGUUCUGGACGGACGAUAAUAUGGGCAAGUUGGUGCUGGCGCUCACGCAGUGGGUGCAGAUCACGAAGGAUGAUGAAGAGGAGUGGAUCAACAACGCGAAUGCGUUCGUUGCCCAGGAAGCCGAGGAGGCGAUGUCUUUCAGCGCCCGAAUAGCUGGUAUUGACUUGCUCGGGGCCAUUAUUGAUGGAUUCCAGUCGCCGGCAAUGAACACCAUGCAGUCUAUCGUUCAGCAGAUCACGGCCCAGUCAGAUGUGGAGAAGGCCUCUGGGAAUCCGAGCUGGUGGCGUCCGUUGGAAGCCAUGCUUGCUGCAGUCGGCGGCCAAUCCGAGUCUGUCCUUGAGUGGAUCGACGACGAGGCUGCCUCCGGCAGGCAGGCGCAGAUCCAGAUCGCGCCUCUCCUGCAGAACGUCAUACCGAAUCUGCUCAGCUUGUCAGACUGUCCCUUCUUGCAGGGUCGAGCCUUCGUAUUCGCUAGCCAGUACACGAAGGUCCUGCCUGUCGAGAUGGCAGGACAGUACUUGCAGGCGACUGUCCAGGUGCUCGAGGCCAGCGAAGCUAAUGUACCGAUCAAGAUCUCUGCAGUCAAGGCCGUUCUGAACUUCUGCAAAGACAUCGACGACGGUCUGCUUGAACCCGUAGCACCGCGGAUCGCGAAGGCUGUCGGUCCUUUCCUCUCUGUGACCUCUGAGGACACCUUGUCCCUUGUGCUGGAAGCGCUCUUGACAAUUGUGGAGAUCAGGGAGUGCGCGUGGAUGACGCAGGAUCUUGCCAGUUCGCUGGUUACAGCAGUCCUAGACAUCUGGAUGAAGAACAAUAAAGACCCAAUCUUCAUCUCCCUUCUGACCGACAUCCUCGCCUCGCUGGCGGGGUCGAAGGCCCCAGGAGUGUACGAGACAGUGGUCAAGCAAGCCCUGCCUAUCCUCACCAAUGCUAUCAUGUCGUCCACCGAGAGGGAACCGUGGAUCACCGGUGCUGCCAUCGAUCUGUCUAGCAGCCUGGCGCAGGGCGCGCCGGAGGGUGGUCUAGGAGAAGGAUUUGUGAGCAUACUUGCACCAAGUCUUUUCCUCGCCCUGCGGUCUGUCGAGGACAGAGAUGUCAUCCAGAACGGCAUCGCAUGCUUAACUACGAUUGUCCGCAAGGACUUCGCCCAGCUACAAGCUUGGACAGACCCUACGAGCGGCCGCUUGGGAUUGGACUGCGUGCUCGAGUCCAUCGCGAAGCAGCUCAAGAGCCAGGACGAAUCCGGCGGUUUGGUGGUGGGCGACCUCAUCAUCCACCUGUUGCGUCGAGCACGCGAGAACGUCCUCCCUGUGCUUCCGGAAUUGCUCAAUGCCAUGAUCGGCCGGAUGACCACUGCGAAGACCGCCACGUUCAUUCAGAGUCUCGUCAUACCGUUCGCCUUCCUAAUCCACAAUCAACGAGACACCGUGCUGGAUCUCCUAGAGUCGGCGAACGUCGACGGACGCUCAGGGCUCGAUAUCCUCCUUCAAACCUGGUGCGAGAAUGAGGAGACAUUCCAGGGCUUCUGGGCGCAGCGCAUCAGUACCCUCGCCCUAUGCUCGCUAUUUGCUUCCGGGCGGCCCAGCCUCCAAAACGUCGUCGUCAAGGGUGACCUCAUCAUCAAGCCCGAGACGAGGAAUGUCCGUUCGGGUGCUGACGAUCCAGGUGUAGUCAUCAUGACUAGAUCGAAGACAAAAGCUGUGCCGACCGAGUUCACUCGCGUACCCUUCCCAGUGAAGGCACUCAAGCUCUUGCUGCGGGAGCUGCAGUCCGGUGGAGAAGCCGCCUCGCGGAGGAUGAACGCGUCGGAUGUUGACUCGGACGAUGGCGACGACGAAUGGCAGGGUGAUGACGAGGUCGCCGCUCCCGAGGGCUCUUCGCGCGCCAACGAGUUGGCCUUCCUGUCGGACCUGCUCUCAGGCCCCGGCGGUCUACCUUUCGACAAUGACGACCUGCUGGAGGCGACCGACGAUGAGGACCUCAAGAAUGACCCUGUGUCACAGAUGGAUAUGAAGGCCCACUUGUUGUCGUUUUUCAAGGACUGCGCGGCACACAACACGAACAACUUCUCCGCUGCUGUCGACCAGUUGUUAGCAGACGAGAUCGUCGUCGUGCAGCAAGUUGUCAGCUCGUGAAGGUCUUGUCCACCGGACAGCUAGAAAGAAAAGUAUGUGCCCGCAGUGCUAGACGCGUUGUUUGUGUUUUCGUAGUAGUUCGGUGUAUCGCUUCCCGCAACGGAUUGUAUAAUAACCACAAGAAUGGUAUGGUUCGUCUAUCACGCAUCUACUGUACAGAGUUCCGAUCCGUACAGUCUAUCUAUACAAGGUGUCUUUCGAGAUAUCAAGCGUGCUCUAGUGUAGACCGUUCGGGUCGUACUCAAAAUCCGCAUAUAUGGGUUGCCACAUGCCCGAGACGAUGUGCUCGUGCACCUCGCUCUUCUUCCAUGGCACGUCCGCCAGACC